UCUGAAGCCAUGGAUGGAAUCUGAACAUGAAGCACAUACCCUGAUAUAUAGAAUUUUUCAAGAAAGAAAAAGUUAAUUCCUCACUCAAACAUAUAAUGCAUGAGGAGACUUUUAAAUGGCGAUCGAAAUCUGUGCUGCAGCAAAACUUGGUCAGAAACUGAGUAACAUUAGAGAUAGUGAAUCAAACUCUCCUGAGUGAGUUUUGAUGGAGAUGGAAAGAUAGAAAUGAGGCAGAUACCAACUCAUUCUUUAAAAAUAGAUAAAAAUACUCAUUAUUUUCACUUCAGAAUAGCAACAGAAAUGGAAGAAGCACAAACAUUGAGCUUACAAAUGUUGCAGGAAGCCAGGAAGACAGUACAAAGGAGCACUUUGCAGGUUAUUAAAACUCCUCGGACAAUUCCAAUGAAAAUCAACUGUAAUUUGUAUAUGAAGCUGGAAAACAUGCAGACAACAGGUUCAUUCAAAAUCAGAGGAGUAGCUAAUCAGUUUUCUAGAAGAGAAAGUGGGCCUUUCAUUACAAUGUCAGCAGGAAAUUAUGGGAAAGCUUUUGCCUAUGCUUCAAAGCACUUUGCAUUGAGGAAAUUACUUAUGGCAGACACAGCGCCAGCAUCAAAGACCGCCCUAAUUGCCAGUUAUGGUGUAGAAGUUGAACAGAUAUCAUCCAAGUCAUUAUUGCCUACAGUGGAACAGUUGGUUAAGGAUCAGAAAAUGAUUUUCUUGCACCCUUUUGAUGACAUAGAUUUGAUUGCUGGCCAUGGAAGCAUUGGCCUUGAGAUUCUUGAAGAAAUUCCAAAUCCUGACGUGGUGGCAGUUUGUUGUGGAGGUAGUGGUUUGCUUGCAGGGGUGGCUGCUGCUAUCAAACUAUCUGGCUGUACAAAUAUAUAUGGAGUGGAACCAAAAGAAGCUUGCACCAUGUACAGAAGUUUUAGUGAGAAUAAGCCAGUGUCUAUGGACGUAUAGAGCAUUGCCACAGGACUUGCUCCACCAUUUGCAGGUUCAAAAUCAUUCCAGAUUUGCAGACAACAUGUGAAGGAAAUCCUAUUGGUUUCAGAUGAUGAAAUAAAAGCAGCUGUUUCCAUACUCUACAAGGUUGGCUUGGUUGUGGAACCCUCAGGAGCAGCUGCUUUUGCUGCUAUUGUAGGAGAGAAGAUCAAUCUUAAAGGAAAGACUGUAGUGGUCUUAAUAACUGGAGGAAAUGUCAGUCCUGAAGAGCUUUGUUGCAUUGUUCAUUAAAUUAAAAAAUGAAAGAUAUCUUGUAAUUAAAUUGUGUCUCAUAGUACAAAGAAUAAGGCGACCAACACACAGACAGCCUGCAGAUUUUUUUUUUUAAACACGCUGGGGGAUUUCAAUACUGUUAUGGUCCCCGACCUGACUCCUAAAUUUUGGUACAAUCUCAGAAAAGACCCCCAAAUUUUGUCAUGAUCUGCUUAGGGACUAGUAACUUUCUUUUGUUAAAGUAGACAAAAUUUGAAAUUCCAGUUACUAAGAGAAUAAAGCCACAAGAUUCCACUGUUUUAAACAAAAUAAAAUUUUACCAUGCAGAAGUCAGCAAAGCAAACAAUCAACUAUCUUAUGCUCUAACAUCCAGAAUUAACAAGGUAAACAUGAAAUUGACAGACAAACUGUGGUCAGACACACCACAAACUCUACUUUAAAUACAGUCACAACCAAGAUAGAUUCCACAAAUUCCCUCAGCAACCCACCCAGAUGUCAGUGAGACACAAAAAUUCUUCAAAGUCUGACUUUGUGAGCAUAGCUUUUUAUUUCCCUUAAUAGUCCCUCCAAUUCAAGACUGCCCCAAUGGCUCUUUGUCUCCCAGUUGCUCAAACUCUUGAGACUGUGGGCAGAAUUUUGCCAUCGGCGAGCAGGUGGCGGGGCCCACUCGCCGACACGUAAAAUGACGCGGGAUGACAUCGGGUGGAACCCCCGAAGUCGUC